AUGGAUCAGGGCACAGUGUUAAACCCACUAAACAACGGGCAACUCGAGCCCUCAGCCUCAAUACACCCUUAUCCAGCAACUGUAAUCGCAUUUGUAUUUAUCCUCAUAAUUGUCUCCCUCUUUAUCUCGAUCCUACGCCAACUUCUUGAACGACGUCUGUCCCAGCGCCGCGGCUGGUUUCUCAACACCACAUACCCGCCACCUUCUCCAGCAGCAUCUUCAUCGGGCAGUAGUAGCAGAAGAAGCAAAAAAGCGAAAGAACAAAAGAUUAGGCCUAUAUCCGAAUGCGAGAUCGAGUCUCGGCAGCUCCUGUUCCCGAAUGCUUCUCGCCGAGAAGAGCGAGUCCCGCUCCGAAACCCAGACGAGCGAGGUUCGCUAUAUGAUACAUUUCAGCUGCCUGGCCCACACGCCUCCAAAUUGAAACCGGCGCGGUCAAUGAUGGAGUUGAAUGGAGGCAGCCCGCUUGAAGGCUUGGAAGACAAAGAAGGCCAGAAGAAGGCCAAAACAAUCCAUUGGCACGGUGUCAAUAGACUUAAUACUGCAUGGGGUUGGAUGUCAUGA